UAGGCUCAGCCCCUAUCAGGAACUGGACAGGGGUGGGGACUUCCCCAGGGUUGGUUCCCCUGCCCCCAGUCCAGGCAGGUAUAAGGCCACCUCCGCAGGACAGGACAACCCAGAAGCAAAAGAGAAGAGCCACCAUGUCCUCCUGGAGCAGACAGCGACCCAAAAGCCCAGGAGGCAUUCAACCCCAUCUUUCUAGAACUCUGUCCCUGCUGCUGCUGUUGGCAGCCUCAGCCUGGGGGGUCGCCUUGAGCCCCAAAGACUGCCAGGUGUUCCGCUCAGACCAUGGCAGCUCCAUCUCCUGUCAACCACCUGCCGAAAUCCCCAGCUACCUGCCAGCCGACACCGUGCACCUGGCCGUGGAGUUCUUCAACCUGACCCACCUGCCAGCCAACCUCCUCCAGGGCGCCUCUAAGCUCCAAGAAUUGCACCUCUCAAGCAACGGGCUGGAAAGCCUCUCGCCCGAAUUCCUGCGGCCAGUGCCGCGGCUGAGGGUGCUGGAUCUAACCCGAAAUGCCCUGACCGGGCUGCCCCCGGGCCUCUUCCAGGCCUCAGCCGCCCUGGACACCCUGGUGUUGAAAGAAAACCAGCUGGAGGUCCUGGAGGCCUCGUGGCUGCACGGCCUGAAAGCCCUGGAGCAUCUGGGCCUGUCUGGGAACCGCCUCCGGAAACUGCCCCCUGGGCUGCUGGCCAACUUCACCCUCCUACGCACCCUUGACCUUGGGGAGAACCAGCUGGAGACCUUGCCACCUGACCUCCUGAGGGGUCCGCUGCAAUUAGAACGGCUACAUCUAGAAGGCAACAAAUUGCAAGUACUGGGAAAGGAUCUCCUCUUGCCCCAGCCGGACCUUCGCUACCUUUUCCUGAACGGCAACAAGCUGGCCAGGGUGGCAGCCGGUGCCUUCCAGGGCCUGCGGCAGCUGGACAUGCUGGACCUCUCCAAUAACUCGCUGGCCAGCGUGCCCGAGGGGCUCUGGGCAUCCCUAGGGCAGCCAAACCGGGACAUGCGGGAUGGCUUUGACAUCUCCGGCAACCCCUGGAUCUGUGACCAGAACCUGAGCGACCUCUAUCGUUGGCUUCAGGGCCAAAAAGACAAGAUGUUUUCCCAGAAUGACACGCGCUGUGCUGGGCCUGAAGCCGUGAAGGGCCAGACGCUCCUGGCAGUGGCCGAGUCCCAGUGAGACCGGGGGCUGGGGUUGAGGGUGGGGGGUCUGGUAGAACACUGAAACCCACUUAGCAAAUAAUCUUGCCUUUGGCUGGGCGCAGCGGCUCACACCUGUAAUCUCAGCACUUUGGGAGGCCAAGGCGGGCGGAUCACGAGGUCAGGAGAUCGAGACCAUCCUGGCUAACACGGUGAAACCCUGUCUCUACUAAAAAUACAAAAAAUGGCGGGGCGCGGUGGCUCACGCUUGUAAUCCCAGCACUUUGGGAGGCCGAGGCGGGCGGAUCACGAGGUCAGGAGAUCGAGACCACGGUGAAACCCCGUCUCUACUAAAAAUACAAAAAAUUAGCCAGGCGUGGUGGCGGGCGCCUGUAGUCCCAGCAACUCGGGAGGCUGAGGCAGGAGAAUGGCGUGAACCCGGGAGGCGGAGCUUGCGGUGAGCCAAGAUCGCGCCACUGCACUCUAGCCUGGGCGACAGAGCGAGACUCCAUCUCAAAAAAAUAAAAAUAAAAAUAAAAAACAAAUAAUCCUGCCUUUUACAGGUGAGACUCGGAGCUGUCCAUUGUGGCUGGGACCCCGUUUCACCCACCCAUGCUUCCUAGAACACACGAUGGUCUUUCCUUACCCAUGCCCAAGGUGUGCCCUCUGUCUGGAAUGCCAUUCCCUGUUUCCCAGAUCUCUGGAACUCUGGGUUCUCCCAGCCCCCUUGUCCUUCCUUCCAGCUGAGCCCUGGCCACACUGGGGCUGCCUUUCUCUGACUCUGUCUUCCCCAAGUCAGGGGGCUCUCUGAGUGCAGGGUCUGGUGCUGAGUCCCACUUAGCUUGGGGUCAGACCCAAGGGGUUUAAUAAAUAACCCUUGAAAACUG